AAUAGCCUUACGUUAUAUUUAAAUUGAAAACCGUAUAUAUUUCCCUUCUACGCAAGUGGCGUUUUGAAAUUAGGGCGCUUUUUGCCCUCAGAAACCACAGGUCACGGAGAUGCCGUCAAACCCGGAAGCUGUGUGAAUUAUUUUAGAAAACGAGUUGAGAACGCGAUUCUGAGCCCUUCAAACCUUUCCGCUUCCUGUAGUGACUGUUCCCUGAUAUAAUUAAAAGUCGGUAUAUUUUCUGUAAAGAAAUCUUUGCGUCGGGUUUAGGAAAGCAGCUCUGAAGCAGGCUGUUUUGAAGAAAGAGGAGAGGGGUGCUCAGAGCUUUGCACUGGAUAGAUACAGUGUGGCGACGGCGUGCUGAUGUACAUUGUUGCAGCUGCAUAGUGGGCCCGAAUGGCGAGCGAGGGCCCCAGCAACAGCAGUUUAACGUGCGCGGACGAGCCUGCUCCGGACGGCUUCUGCGAUGUAUGCGAGCCGGACGAGGCACGGCUCGCCCUCAAGCUCUGCGACGUCUGCUGUCUCUCCUUCUGUGAGCUGCACGCCCGCGAGCACGACGCGAAGCCGGCCCGGCGCCAGCACGGGCUCCGGGACUUCCAGGCAGCCACUGAAAGCCCGGGGUCCCAGCCGUCGGACGCGGCUAACAAGGCGGAAGCCUCUGAUGGAGAUGGGAAGCAAGGCGAGAGGAAGAAAUGCGUGGAUCACAACCAGGAGAUUACACUUUACUGCAAAGACGACGAGAAGAUCAUUUGCGUCCUGUGCGCCCUAGGCCCCCACCGUCAGCAUCAACUGAUCACACUGGACGAAGCCUACCUAGCCCUGAGAAAUCGACCUCCCAUUGACCUGAAGGGUGCCAUGAUGGAGAUGGUGGAACGGCUGAAGAUGAAAAGCUCAGACCCCAAUGUGACUCAGGGACAGAUGGAGGACUGCAUUAAGCAGGAAUUUGCUAAAAUGAGGCAGUUGGUGACCGAGGAAGAGCGCAAAGCCCUUCACCUGGUGGACCUCCAGGAGGCAGUGGCCACGGCCCACGUAGCUGAGCUGAUUGCUGAGAUAAAUGUCACCAUGGAGAAGCUCACUGAGGAGAUGCAGGAGAUCACAAGGCAGUUGAAUGCCUUUAAUCAACUGGCACUGCUGAAACCAAAGGUUAUUGAAGAGAAACCCAGGGAAAACUCCCACAGAGAUGAUUCUCCUCCUCCAGGGAGAGGUGGCUGUUUUAGCGAUGCCCCCAGUGCUAAUGGACCUUGGUGAAGUAAGCAAAGGUGGAGGUGUUCCUGAUUCUUUUUUUUCCAACUGGUUUUCACCAGUUUCUCCAAACUGAAGUGCUUGAUUCUGACAUAGGAUUCAAUCAGUGAUUUUAUAACUAAUAUGUUGACCUGAUGACAUUUGAAAUUUGAAGCUUCUGAGUGAAUGAGCAAAGUUUUUAAUCACUGGACACCACUAUCUCUGAGCUGGAAAUCGAGGACAGCCCAGUCGCCACCAGCAAGAGGUAAUCAUUGUUUGCAGAGCUGAUGCCUGAAUGGAGGGCCAGUCUGUAAAUUACAACCCGAACAACCUCAGUACAGAUAUUCUUCAUAUUUGUAUUGUUCUGCUGACCAGAAUGUGCUCAAUUUACAGACAAGACUGUUAUACACUGAAUAAAAGCUGAAAGAACUGCAGAUGCUAUAAAUCAGGAACAAAAACAGAAGUUGCUGGAAAAGCUCAGCAGGUCUGGCAGCAU